AUGGCAUCUUCAAAUGCAGGGAACGCGUUUGUGAAUAGCAGUUCGGCACUACCGCAACAAUCUAAGCAGUCGAGUAACUCUCCAGAUGCAAGUGUGUCACAUGCGCAUCAUGACAAAAAAGGAAGUAGGGGAAAAGGUUCAGGGACGGAUUUUGUGAAAAAGCUUUUUCAGAUGCUUGAAGAAAACACAUUUGGAAGUAUUGUUCACUGGUCUGAGUCCGGUGAUUCCUUUAUUAUAGCGGAUACCAACGAAUUCACAAAAAAGGUACUACCGAGCUACUUUAAGCAUAGCAAUUUUGCUAGUUUCGUGCGACAGUUGAAUAAGUACGAUUUCCACAAGGUGAAGUUUUCGCAUGAUGUUAAACAGAGGUAUAAGCUUGAUAAUGUUUGGGAAUUCAAGCAUCCGCAGUUCUCGAGGCAUAAUAAGGCGGCUCUAAAUAGUAUCAAAAGAAAGGCGCCUGUUAAAAGAGAGGUAGAAAAUGGCAUUCUGCUGACCUCCAGAAGCAGUUUUGUGUCCAUUAACCAAUUUCGAACGUUGCAGGAUCGUUUGGAUUUCAUCGAAAGAGACAACCGCACACUCCGAGAUCAACUUCAGAAAUACCUGUCACAGCUUACAUCUUUGCACGGAAAGUAUAACAGCUUAGUUGCGACUCUGUUGACUUCCAGAACCAUCAAUGAAUCUUUUGCCAGUGCCAUUUCCACGCUAGCCAAAGCUUUAUCCCAGAUGGGUGUGCAAUUACCGCCGCUAAAUCUUCCAUUUGCAUCUCCUCUUGCCCCUUCCCAGUCUCCGGCAUCGAGCGGAUCUCCGGUAACUCAACAGGCCACUCAGCCCGCCAGAAAACGACAGAGACGAUCUAGCCGACGUGGACAACAGCAUAAAGUACGAAAAGCUGAUCAGCCCAUGCCGUUGCCAUUGGCACCAUUAUCUCCAAAAAGAAGACGGCAAAGACUGCUGGCACGUCCAAAGGGCUCGUCUUUGCAUGUUCUUCUUGUUGAGGACGAUGAUGUUUGCAUCCAACUUUGCAAGAAGUUUUUGGUCAAGUAUGGAUGCACUGUUGUGGUUGUCAAAGACGGGUUGGCGGCAAUCAGUGCCGUUGAGAAGGUGAAGUUCGAUCUUGUGCUCAUGGACAUUGUGAUGCCAAACUUAGAUGGUGCAUCUGCAACAGCUGUGAUACGAUCCUUCGAUAGCGAUACGCCGAUAAUUGCUAUGACGGGAAAUUAUCAAAAGGAAGACUUGAUGACCUAUUUGUCCCAUGGUAUGACAGAUAUUUUGGCCAAGCCAUUUACAAAGUUGGAUCUUUACAUGAUUCUGGAAAAGCACCAGAUGGGCGGUAAGUUGAAGAAUGCUGACGGUAAUGGUGUCGGGCCUGUUGACGUUGGUGGAGAGCAGACUGCUGCAGGGAACGGUAUCAUAAAUGUGCAUUCUCUGAAUACUGGUAACACUGCAGUCAAUACAACUGUAAGUGGAGGACUUACAUUACAACAACCUCCACCUCAGCCUGCUGUUUCUGACGCUGUAAGUGCUGCACCCAAUACCAAUAGAAAUUCUGUCAGUACUAGUCAUCCAGGAAACGAACAGGCUGCACAGGCUGACAUGCUAUUAAAUGUGCCGCCUACAGAAUCAUUGAUGCCAGAAAGGCUUAUCAAUGAUUCCUCGAGUACUAGCAAGGUCAUGAAGGUCAAUGAGGAUGAUAUUCUGCCAUCUGGCUUGAUUAAUGGUAUUGAUAGUGGUGGAGUUUCAAUCAUGGAUAAUACUUUGGCCUCAGGAAAGACAGAUGUGUAUCAAUCGCAGUCCAAACCAUCCAAUUUCAUGUGA